AUGCUGCAAUUCCUUACUGUGGUAGAUCCGACGAGAAGCCAUUCUGAGGAUGAUGCCUUCGAAACGUUAGUACUGUAUCACGAAUUUGAUACGAAGAAGAUUAGUUCCUUGAAUGAUAAGUUGAGUCAAAUCGGAAUAAUACAAGGUAUUUGGUCAUUUACAGGAUCUCUAAGCGAUGGAUCGCAAGAUUAUGAUCGGGAGAGGGUAAUUGAAUUAGAAGCUGAAACUAUGGUGACCAUUCAAGUGGAAAGCAGAUUCUUGAUCACAGUGUCUGUUAAUAAAGAUAAUGUAGGCAUACCAUAUCAAUACUAUAUGAGUCAACUUUGGUUCUGUUAUAAAUUCUUCAUAUUGGAAUAUGGUCAAUUCAGUAAUUUCCAAGAUAUCAAAGAGCUCACUAAUCUUUUGAACGAACAGCUUAUCCCAUUCUGGUCUGAUAUACACUUAAAACCUGAUACAAUAAUACGAAGAGGAAUAGAGUCACUUUGGCCAAAUUCCUAUAAAAUUGCUGAUUUAGAUUUCAAAUAUCGUACUUCUACAAACUCUGAUGAUUUGGAGACCUGGGAAUCCAUUAUUAAACAAAAUAUUUUAUUUCAAGAGGAAAAUUACCUUGGAUUGAAGGAUAUAUUGGUAUAUCACUUGCCUACUAAGAAGAAAAGAAAGUUUGGUACAAAGUCAUAUGGUCUUGUUCAGCAUUUUUGUGCGAACUUUGAGAAUAUUGCAGAUCUAUCAAAUUGGGUUUAUAAUUUACAAUCCAAGUACGAUGAUUUGUCAAGUCACGUAAUUGCAGGAAAUGCUCAUUAUAAAGAAGUUCCAACAAACUUGAUGGAAAACGAACAACAGAAUCAGGAAAUAGGGCAGGAUGGAGACACUGUCGCGGAUAAUCAUCAACCCCUCACCGAAAGAGUCAAUUCAGGAAGUAAAUUGAUGCAUAACUUGACCCUCCCGGUAUCAAUGGCUUACGAAGCAUUGCAAGAAGUUGGAACAACAACUGGUAUUUCAAACAGUAUGUCCUUUUUCGAGGACUAUAUCCCAUUUUGGUCAUUUAACAUCUUUUCAGGAAAGAAGAAUACUAGCUUGAGACGUAAUGAAAACAAUCGAUACGGAUUUUUAAUAUCACCAUUAUCCUCAGAUAUACUCCCACAAAAUUAUAGAACUAAAAAACUUCAUUUAACAUUCGAUGGUAAGACGGAUAUUUAUAACUCUCUCUUCUGGUACUAUGAUGAUUUAUUAAUUCUCAUAAUAUGUGAGAAAACUUUCGAUAGAAUAUGGGAUCACAAUUAUUUGAAAAAUAUUGGAUACAUACUUCGUAGUAGUAUGGAAAAGCUUUGUGCUAACGCAUUUAGCUUUUCAAUUGAUGAGGACCAAGAAUGGCUAAAAUCAAAUAAUACAAAAAACUUUGCGUACACAGUUAUUGACAAGAAUUCAAAAAUUCUGCGAUCUUCAAUCACACCAUGUUAUGAACUAUCACUUGAUAGUGAUAAUAAGUCACCUUUAGAAUUAGUUGUAGAGGGUGUGGAUGAACUUCUUACGAAAAAUGGACUGUCUGUAACAGAGAGGCAUUGGGGACUUGAUAUUAUGGGUGACUUUCUCAGAUUCGGCUACAAAACUGAACCUGAGCCUCAAUCAAACAUGGACGAGAGUAAACUGGCCUAUAAGAAAUACACUAACUUUUUGGAUUCGAUGAACAACGAUAAACUGAGGGAAUUGCACGAAGAGGUCCUUCAGUUUUUAACAUCCAUGCAAAAUUCCAGAAGAACAAAAGAGGCAUCAGAAGAGAGGUUAAUCACACUAGGCAAUGGCUUACUAUGUUAUUUGAAAGAGAAUGAACAGCAAUUGGUUGUAAUUUUGAAAAAUUGGUUUUUCCAAGACUCCGCAGAAAGAAGUAAUAAUGAUAGGGAGGAUAGCUUAUUUUCCAGUCUUGGUAAAGAUGUAAUAGAUUGGUGGGAAUCUGCUCAAUAG